AUGGGUUCUAAUCAAAAGAAGGACAAGCUGUGGGAACGAAUUUCUGCUUUAUUUCAUGAAAGGAUUUCUAAUAUUGGUAAUUCUCAAAGGACUCUGAAGUCUCUCUCAUGCCGAUUGCAAUUAAUUAUGAAGGCUAUCAGUAAAUUUCGAGGAUGCAUUAGACAAGUCGAGCGCCUGAAUCCAAGCGGUGCUUCUGAGCUUGACAUUAAUAAACGUACUAGGAUAAUAUUUGCAGAAGAUCCAGAAGAGAGAAAGGGGUUUCUAUUUGAUCAUGUUUGGUCAAUUUUAAAAGAUGCAGAGAAAUGGGCAAAUAUAAGUGUCAGAUCGCCUGCAACUUUCAAAAAUUUAAAGUCCCGCUCAUCUCAGGGAUUAGGUUCAAGUUCUUAUGUCGUCGACUUAAAUGACGAUAAUGAGGGAUAUACUCAUAAUGACGAUAAUAUGAUAACAAGUCGACCGACAGGAAGGAAGAAAGAGAAGAUGAGGAGGCGACAAGCAUCUGAAAAGAACCUCGACUUUGAAACUCUCAAUAAAAGCAAUUAA